AUGCCUCAUCUACAUCGGCCAACCAAGGAGGAGCUUUUGGCCGCAGCAACUGGGUUCUGGUCACGCCUCAAAGUACGAUUCAAAUGGUUUUCUAUAAGGAGUGUUCGUCCUUACAAUUUGGAUGAGAUAGCUGCCCUCUUUUCGUGGGUUUUGAUAGGCCACAUCGUCUGGGUCGUUGUGGGAACUACUACAUUCUUCUCGCUUCUGAUCCUUGCGAUCAACACAGUCUUUGCUCAAGAAACAUUGGCAGGAUGGGUGGGCAACUAUCUCACCAAGUCUUCUGGAGUCAAAGUCGUCUUUGAAUCUGCAAUCGUGCCCAAAUGGAAAAAUGGCGUCAUCACCUUCAAGAAUGUAUUUGUGUCAAAACGGCCGGGCCAAGGUACAGGUCAUGUCAGUAAGGGAUCUCCGAAGUCUGCGGCAGCCGCGGCCGCAGCGCGAGGUGACACUGGAUUCGAAGAUUCCCAGGCAGCAUCCGAUGAAGAGGAAGAUACUAACUACACACAAUUUGAUUUGUCGAUCGAGACGGUCAACGUGACGCUAUCAUUUACCAAAUGGUUCAAUGGAAAGGGUCCACUUCAUGAUGUUGAGGUGAAAGGCAUACGGGGUGUUGUCGACCGCCGCCAUGUCUACUGGCCGGAGGAGGACUUGGAUCCUAAAUCUUAUCGACAUGAGCAUACUCCCGGCGACUUCGAAAUCGACUCUUUCAAGAUGCAUGAUUUGCUUGUCACCGUUUACCAACCGGACAACUUCCGUCCCUUUUCUGUGAGCAUCUUCUCAUGCGAUCUCCCUCAGUUGCGGAAACAAUGGCUGUUCUAUGAUUUCCUCUCUGCCAACAUGAUGUCUGGGUCGUAUGACAACUCUUUGUUCACGAUCCACGCUCGUCAAACCCAUGGAUUCACAGGCAUCCGGCAGGAUAGCGUAGCAGAAGAAGACGGCAAGCCAAGCCCGUGGAAGAAACAUAACAGGAUUCGAGUCGACGGACUCAAUGUCGAUCAUCUUAAUCGCGGUGUUCAGGGCCCAUUCUCUUGGAUUCACGAAGGGACGGUAGAUAUUGUGGCCGACAUCAUGUUGCCUGCAGAAAACGAUGAGAGCUUGGCCAAGGUGAUGGUUGACUUCUAUGAUCGGUUGGAAACCACUGUCACCACAAAUCGUUACCCGCAGCCUCUAUCUUCGUCCACCAGUCCAGAAUCAGAGACUGAAGAUCGACGCUUCCUCGCCAUGGAUUUGCGCGUGCACCUCAACAAUGUUCGGGCUGUUGUGCCCAUCUUCACGCGGGACCUUUCCUACAUCAACAACGCACUGAUCCGUCCUAUUGUUGCCUAUAUCAACUCCAAGCGCACUUUAAUUCCCAUCAAUUGCCGCUUGGUCAAGCGAGUUGAAGAUUUUGAUGGAAGCUGGACCAUCUUUGACAGUGGCCUGAUGGAUGACCUGUCAGCUGCAACCUACGAUGCGUUUGCCCGAGAUGUCGUGGAUGAUCAAGCCCGGAAAAGGCGGUUCAAGAAAGUCGGGUUCUGGUCCCUUCAGCUGGCCGCCCAGGCUAUUUUCAUGGGCAUGGCUGGAAACAUCGCCUAA